CCGAGUUUUGGGGAACGCUGUACGCGUAUCUCCACCUGGAUACAGCGUAACAUUUAUGCAAUUUUUGUGGGACGGAGGUCUAGAGCGUCUGGCACGCAACAUCUUUCACAUGCGUCUCUACACAAUUGAAUGUGACGGAAGGGUUGAAGGAUCAUUCAAAGGCUACACCCUGGAUAAUUUACCUCCUAGUGUGUGUAUAUUCUACCAACAAGUAUAUAACUGCUGGUAUCUGCACAGAGACGUACAGUUUUACAUAUAUCUACAUCAUUCAACCUGUAUUUAUACCAUUAAUACCUAUACUAAGACCAUGUCUGAAGAUAGCCACAAAGAUCCUUCGCUUCCCCUUUUCAAGCUCGAGAAAUCAUUUGACAAGCUACGUAUCCGAGCUAACCACUUCACCAGCAAGGAGAGAGAUUACUUUCUGUACCCACGCACUCUGAGAGCCAGCCCUACAGGCUCAGCCAAGUCCACCUCCUCUUUUGUAAACAUCUUCGAUGAAGGAAACACAUCGUCAGUUGCCUCUGUAACACCGUUGGAGAACUGCACACCGGAUGGCUCGGAGUGUGGCAGCCCUUCUCGGGAUGGUGACUUUUUACCGUUCCACCUUGACCUCGGCACAGAUAACAUCGAAUUCCACCCUACACACCUCAACAGGCUUAGAGAACGCAACAAGCUACGGAGAAUUGGUACGGAUGCCAAACCAGUUUACCAGAUCGAAUACAUGUCCGAUUUGCACGACGUCUUGCAUGACUGGUUCACAAAUUCCCGGCUUCCCGACCUGGGAACGAUGUUCCCCUACUUGCACGGCGCUAUAUCCUCCAACCAGGUGGAGUUUCUAGGGAUUGCGAUGGAAAACGAUGCUGCUAAACCCCCGGUUGGGGUCCGGUACUUGAUGAUUGUGAACUGCGACGAAGCAUUGGGCCAGAAGCCAGCCGGAAAGUAUCUCCGCAGCUCCCUCAGCAUCGGCGACCUUCUAGUGCCGAAGCAAACUGACCGGACUGACGUUUUCACCUCAAACACCCCCACAUCUGAGCACAUCGAAUACAACGAUUGUCCCCCGGAAGAUAACGCCUUGAGCCCUGCAGAGUAUGAAAGUUUCAAUGAUGUACGUGUAACUGAUACCUCCUCAAAGCCUAUCAAUAUCCGCAACUACGGCCAGCAACACAGGUUAUUGCUCCCUGUAUCAGACAUCAUCCUCUACACCACUGCUAAGUGCGAUAUGGCACCUCUCUACCAGCUUGCUGGCCAAGUGUCUCGGUCGCAAAACGAUGUCUACCACACGUAUGUGGUUUCCAGCUACGACCCAGAAGAGCUUACUCGCCUCUCAUGCGGGGUCCCUUCCUCUGGGGAGAAUCACAACGGUCCCUAUUUGAGCGAUUACCUCUGCGAUUGUGCCAGCUUGGCCCCCGCUAGUAGCAACCUCGAUGAACGAUCCAUUAUUGCACGGGAGAUCAGGGGAGAGACUAACAUUCCUGGAAGCAAGGGCUUGUCAUUGUCGCAGCAUCUCAACAAUUGGCAAGGUAACUACAUCAUCCAUGAGCAGUACGAAUCAUGGUUGAUCAACCAGGCAAGGGAAGUCUACCCGAAUGUGUAUACAGGCAAUUCCAAUAUGGCCAGCGUAGUUACCAAGGUUCACAAAACCCCCGGUGAUGGUCCUCAGUUUGACGUCAUUGUGGACUGCACGUGGGAUAAGGUGCGGUUUCCCACGUCGCUGGACUUGAAAUGCAUGUUCCGAGAGGUUUCACAUUCUACUGCUAGUAUCUUGUUCCCCGCCUCGGGAUCCAAGGUGAGCUCAGAGAUUGACCUGGGAGAAGCCUUGUCCAUCAUCAACACGGUGAAGCUCCUCUACUUUUUGAGCAAGAGUCACAAAAAGGUGUUGGUCUACUGCGAAGACGGAAAGACAUACACAUCCCUCCUCAUGCUCUGCCUAGAGAUGUAUGUGAACUGCGUUUCGCUUUCGCGUGCCGUCUUGAACUUCCAUAAGUUGUACCAGCGGGACCUCUGGCUUUUCCCCGCGGAUUUUGAGUUGUUGAGCUACUUGGAGCCGUGUCUCCUCUAUAACUCGGCUAAGGAAGCCAACAGAAGGUCCUCUGAAUUUGACCAACUCAUGGUGACCUCACUCAGUCAUCAGAUAACCCGCCACUGGUACAAUAAUGUAUACAAGCCGUACUUUUUGACUGGCAAGACCCAACCAAGACGCAGGUACUCCUCCGUCUCCGGAUUAUGUGAAAUCAGAGAGGAAGACGAAAGCCGGGAAGAUGGUGACGAGUUCACACCCCAAACCGAUAUCAACAACGACUGGUUUUCCACCAGAAACCCUGACUGCAACUUACCCUCGACCAUCCUUCCGGGAAGGCUCCUUCUAGGUAAUUGUCGCCACGCGUCAUCGAGGUAUUUGGUAGAAAACUUGGGCUUGGAAAGGAUCAUCUCGCUCGGUGAAAAGCCCGGUUGGUUGCCUCUGGGUGCCGUUUCCGCGUCUCCUAACACCUCGGUGUGCUACUUUGGAAAGCACAAGAUUUACAUCAUCCGUAACCCUCUCAGGGAGGUUCCGCGGCUCCGUGAGGUGGUCUACAUCCCUAGCAUCACAGACGACGGGACAAGCUCGAUCACACCCUUGCUCAGUACGCUCACAGAGCUCUGCGAGUUGCAAGAGUAUCGGACCUUGGUCCACUGCCAGGUGGGGGUUUCUCGCUCUGCCACGAUUGUCAUCGCCAUGGUGAUGAAGAUGUUGGGUAUCAGCUUGAUCCGAGCCUACUGUUUUGUGCGAGUCCGUCGCUUGAACUUGAUCAUCCAGCCCAACCUCCGAUUCUGCUACGAGUUGCUCAAGUACGAAGAGGAAUUAGCGGUAAAGGGAGGGGGAGGAUUGUUACGCGAGGUGGACUGGCACAUUUUGUGUCUUGAAAUUCAGCGCUUGAACAACCACUACGUUCGUUAGACACAUGCUACAAAUUGAUUUAAACAAUCAGUAAUUUGAUAUAUAUAUAUAUAUUUUGAGAUUUUUACCCUACUUUAGAUGUACAAGGUUAGAUUAAUGAAGUGUGCUUCAUUUGGAUAAUGGAAUUUUAUAAACUUUUGCUUCUGCCUAGUUAC